UGGGAAGCAUUCGCCGGGCCGGAGUGCUCUUCUUCCCCACGCUCGCGUGUGCGCCGUGCCGAGCGACGACCAAGCGGCCAGCGAGGCGCCCCGCUCCGCGCGCACACACACAACCCAGACCCACACACACCAAGGCGUGCACGCAAUGAGGCCCUUCCUGCCCACGCCGGUGGGCGCCCAGCUCGCGUCGCUCCCCUCGCCGUCAACGCUCUCGCGACUGCUCCGCCCACUCCACCUACAAAACCGCCAUGCUCACGCCAUCCCCGCCCCCACCUCCUCCUCGUCGCCCCUCCUCCACCCUCCCCGCCGCAGCAGUGGCCGCCGCGGCGAUCGCUUCCUCGCCUCCUCCUCGCCCUCUCAGAUGGCCGCGCCUGCCGAUGCCCCCGGAGGAUCCGCGGACGCCUUCGAGGUGAUCCGCGCUCACCAGGUAAAAGCUGCCCGGCUUCCUCCUGUUGAAGAAAUACGAACCAUUCUGGACCAAAGUGUCAGAGGUGUUCUGGCUACCCAUUCUCAGGAACAUGUGGGUUAUCCAUCUGGUUCAAUGGUUGAUUUUGCGUGCGAUCAAGAUGGUUCCCCCAUAUUAGCAGUGAGUAGUUUAGCAGUUCACUCAAAGAAUCUUGCAGGAAGUACUAAAUGCUCACUUUUGGUUGCCAAAGACCCAGAGGACAGAACAGAUACUGUAAUCACUGUAUACGGCGAUGCUACACCUGUUCCUGAUGAAGAAAAAGAUGCAGUGAGAACUGCAUAUUUACGGAGACACCCUGAGGCCUUUUGGGUUGACUUUGGUGACUUCCGUUUUCUGCACAUCAAACCAAAAGCUGUACGUUACGUAUCUGGGGUUGCAACAGCUAUCCUUGGCUCUGGAGAGUUUAGUGCAGCUGAGUUCAAGGAAGCAAAAGUGGAUCCUAUAUCUCAGUUCUCCACUCCUAUUGCAGGCCACAUGAACAAGGAUCAUGCUGAUGAUACAAAGCUCAUCGUGCAACACUCAACCUCUGUUAAGGUGGAUUUCGCUUCUAUUCUGGAUGUGGAUAGCCUCGGUAUCAAUGUGAAGGCUGGUUAUGAUGGAACUGUUCUGAAGCUGCGAAUUCCCUUCCCUAGACGUGCGCAAGACAGAAAGGAUGUUAAGACACUUAUUGUGGAAAUGCUACAGGCUGCAAAGGCCUCAUCCUGACAUGCUGAAUGACCUCUUUGUUCUGGAACGCAGUGGUGGCGUCCAUGUAAAAAAGAAAGCCCUAGCCGAUAAGAGCUUUCAAGUUGCUCUCCAGUCUCAGCGUCAGCGAAGAUGGAUGAUCCACAGAAAAUUCCAUGGUUUCAUACAUCAUUCAACACCAUUGUGACAGCGAACUUGUGUGAACUACUUCCAGUCAAACUUAAAGAAAUGCAAAGCGACUUGUAUAUUGCACUGAACUGUUUUGCACUCAUACACGACUGAAGUUGUUGUCAUGUCGGUCUUUA